GUAGAAUACAAAUAUAAUUUUUUGGAAACUAUUCCGGUAAAAUCCCUGUAGUCCAGCCCAAAAAUGUGCAGUCCCUGCUGUAAGGCUUGCAAAGCUCCGCCAGAAUGUUCGCGUUGUCCACCGAUGUGCUGCAGUCCGGGUAUUAGCUAUUGCAUUUUCGAUCUGGAGAGUGCCGUUUUUGACACCCGUCAUGUCUAUCAGAGGGCUCUUGUAGAGCUGGUUUCGAGCUACAAUAGGACCGUUUCUGAACUGGUUCUCAUCCAAUGUGGACCCAUGGAGACGGCUGAGAUGGCCGAGUUGAUUUGUAGAAAGUGCGAUCUUCCCGUGAGUUGGGAGACCUUUCGCUUUCAACUGAAUGAACGCACUUCCGACUUGAUUGCGAAUCCAACUUUGAUGCCUGGAGUUCAACGAUUGGUUACUCAUCUGCGUAAAUGUUGCAUGGGUCUGGGAUUGGUCACCUCGUGCUCCGAAUCAAUGUACUGCACCAAGAUUCGUGAUCGGGAGGAUUUCUUCGACAACUUCUCAUCGGUGAUCUGUGCCGAUGAUGCGGAGUUGAAGGCCUCGAAACCGGAACCAGAUGUCUACCUGAUUGCCAUGUCGCGACUCGGAGAUGCUGGACCCGAUUGCACCCUGGUCUUUGAUGGCACCACCAAGGGAGUCCAGGCUGCGAGGGAUGCCCGACUGCCGGUGGUAAUGUUGGCCGAAAAGGAGCUUCCCUGCUGCUGGUCCGAGUUGGCCUCUUUGCGGCUGGAAACCCUGGAUGAAUUCGAUCCGGAGCAGUUUAAUAUGCCACCGUACAGUUGCACUGAACCGCCACCUCGAAAAUCCAAGGUAACAAGUCGUCGUAGCUCACAAAAUUCUGGAGGAAGUCGGCGGAGCUCUGCAGCUAGAAGAAAAGCUGCCGAGGAUGCGGAGGCCGAUGAGGGAGAGGAGGAAGAAGACGAGGGCGAGGAAGUGGCCUAA